UUUAAGGCGGGGCGGCUCGGGGGCGGCUCCGGGGGGGCGGCCCUGCGGGCGGGGGGCGCUGCGCGGCGCGGCGCGGGCGGCGCUCGGUGCCGGUGCCGGUCCCGCACCAUGUACACGCUGACGCGCGGCCCCAGCAAGCUGGCCACGCAGCGCCGCACAGGUCCCACGCAGCAGCCGGUGGAGAGCAGCAAGCUGGGCGAGGCGCGGGCGCGGGCGCUGCCCCCGGCCUGGCCGCCCGCGGGCCCAGCCCAGAAACUCGUCUUCAACAGAGUGAACGGCAAGAGGCCGCAGGUGCUGCUGCAGCAGGUCUCGGCCCCUGAGGAGUGCUACACACUCGCCCACGAGGAGAACGUCCGCUUCGUCUAUGAAGCCUGGCAGCAGGUAGAGCAGCAGCUGGAUGGCAGCCGGAGCGGGGAGAGCGCCUGCGGCCCCGUGCAGUACGUAGAGAAAACCCCCAACCCCGGACUGAAAAACUUUGUUCCCAUUGACCUGGAGGAGUGGUGGGCACAGCAAUUUCUGGCCAAAAUUGAGAACUGUUCAUAAAAGGGAAGAAAGGUCUGGGGGUGGGUUGUUGUUUUUUUUUUAAGAGAAAAAAAAUGCUGACAGCAUCUGGUUCGUCAGAACCCAGAAUUGGUGGCAUUUUAGAGCCACAUUUUUAAAAGAUGACCGAAAUCAACUGACCCACGCUGCCAGCCUGGUGAGGCCAGCGGGACCGGACCACAGCCAUGUGCCCUCCCUGCACCCGGCUUGGAGGAGCAGCGUGUGGCCCCAGCCAGGAUUCCUUAAGUGCCAGUUCUCGGACUGCUGCAGCUCCCGCAGCCUCCAGCUCCCAGGGACACUGUGGUGCCGUGCUGGGGAGGAGGGAGCGGAUCCCUCCCUGCGCCCGCAGCCAUGGGGAGGACAGCAGGGUGCUGUAGCAGGACUGCCAAACAAUAAAGCGCUC